UGCAGAAUGCUGUCUGAUGUUGAAAUUUCGUCUCACUUCUUCCCAUUUCUUGUUUUUGAGUUCCGUCUCAGCUGCUUUGGGGAGGGGGCUAUCAAAUUAGUGACCUGCUGAUGCGCACUUCUGGCCAUGAGCUCAAGAAAGUAACCUCUUCCAUCUUUUUUCACCACUUCACCAUGGCUGGGGUAACGUUUCCACGCAGUCUUCUCUCCCUGCUGCUCGGACUGUCUUUGCAAGGCACCUCACCAUCUCUGGGGUAUAAUGUUGAUCCCUCUCCAGUAAUCCUGUUCUCAACAAACCACAGCAAGCAGUUUGGGUACCAGGUCCUCCAGCUUGGAAAAGGCUCUGAAGCAAGGAUCAUCGUGGGAGCUCCCGGGGAGCAGAACUCCACAGGCAAACUCUACCAAUGUCACUUGAAGAGCAAAGACUGUAUGGACAUUCCACUCGAGGAGAACUCUCCAGUGCCCCACCUUGGCAUGACCCUGGCAAGCAAUAUGCAGGGGAAUAAGAUGAUUGCAUGUGGGCCAGGGAUUGAACAACACUGUGACAAAAAUCUUUAUGUAAGUGGAAUCUGCUAUCUGUUUGACAUCAAACUGCACAACCCCAAGAGCAUAACAACUGGAUAUCAAAAGUGCCUGAAAGGGAAAGUGGAUCUGGUGUUUCUUUUUGAUGGGUCCGGAAGCAUGAAGCCAUCUGAGUUCAAGACUAUCCAGGACUUCAUGAUUGACGUCAUGACUGCGUUGCGGAACAGUUCUGUACAUUUUGCUGCCGUGCAGUUUUCAGAAAGACCUAAACUCGAAUUUGAUUUUAAUGACUAUAUCAACGAUCCAAAUCCUGUAAAGCUCUUGGCCAAAGUGAUACAUGCCCAGCACGUGACCAAUACCUUCCAAGCCAUCAAAUUUGUGGCAGAUGAAGUCUUCAUUCCCGAGCGUGGCAUGCGAAGAGGAGCAAACAAAGUGAUUGUCAUUAUCACGGAUGGGGACGCCUCCGACAGGGACAGGGGACAUAUAGAAGCUGUCAAGAAAAAGAACAUUUUCCGCCUUAUCAUUGGGAUUGGUAAUCACCUUCAUACAGAUGAGUCUCAAAAGAAUCUCAAACUGAUUGCCUCAAAACCCACAGAUCAAUUUUUUAAAAUCCUUGCCAGUUUUGAGCAGCUCAAAGACAGUUUCAAUGACCUCCAGUCUAAAAUCUUUGCCAUUGAAGGUACCAGUGACAGCAGUUCCUUCCACCUGGAAUUGUCAUCCAGCGGAUUCAGUGCAGAUAUAUCCCAGGAUCGGGUGGUUCUAGGUGCUGUGGGGGCUAACAACUGGGCUGGAGGCAUUCUAGAGCAGCAGAAGGAUUUCACCGGUGAAAGAUUCAUCACAAUUCCCUCAGGCCGGAAAGAGAUGGAGGGGGCAUACUUGGGUUAUGCACUUGGAUUUCUCCAGCAUCAUCAGAAAAAGUUCUAUGCUGUUGGUGCCCCUCGAUAUCAACAUGUGGGAAGGGUCCUCUUAUUUGAGGCCAAUGCUAUCCCUCAGAAUUGGACAUUAAAGCAGGAAAUUAAAGGGCAACAGACUGGGUCAUAUUUUGGCGGGGUGCUUUGUGCUGUGGAUAUAGAUGGUGAUCAAGAAACUGACCUGCUGCUUAUUGGGGCCCAGCAAUAUUUCUCAGAAACAAGGGGAGGCCGGGUUUAUGCAUAUGGCUGGAAAGAGGAUAAUCUUGUUCUCCUCGAAGAAUUUAACGGGGAUUCAGGAUACCCCUUGGGCAGAUUUGGAGCAGCCAUCACAGAUCUGGCAGACAUCAAUGAGGAUGGACAGAUGGAUGUGGCCAUAGGAGCUCCCUUAGAGGAUGAAGAGAGGGGAGCUGUCUACAUCUACAAUGGCCAUGAGAAGGCUCUGCCUGUGGGGUACAGCCAGAGAAUUAGUGGAGCCAGCAUUUCUCCUGGCCUGAGAUACUUUGGACAGUCCAUCCAUGGAAAGACGGACCUCAGUGGAGAUGGCCUCACAAACAUCGCAGUUGGAGCCCUGGGAAAGGUGGUGGUGCUCCAAUCCAGACCAAUUGUUAACGUGGCCACGCAAGUGACUUCCCAGCCCAAGGAAAUUCCGGUGAAAGAUGUUGAAUGUUCUGGGGAUAGCAAGUCCUGGCAAAAUAUAAAUCUGAAACUUGUUAUCUGCUUCAACAACAGCUUUGCCACCAAGAGUUACUCAGGACACCUCUCUGCCAAACUCUUGUUUCGCCUGGAGAUCGACCCAGACAGGGUGAAGUUCCGAGGGGAAUUUAGGAAUGGCAAGAAUGUUAUAACUGGGGUCAAAGAAAUCUCUCUAGGAUCAGUGUGCAUACCGGAGGAAAUUAAUAUCACGAACUGCAUUGAGGAUUACUUGUCAGCCAUCAAGCUCCUUGUGAACCUGUCCCUUGAGGAAGACGGUCAGCUGAAGAAUGGACCUCCCAGGCCUAUUCUGAAUCCUCUAAACAAUAGGACAGUGGUGGAGAUUCCUUUUGAGAAGAACUGUGGGAUGGAUGACGUGUGCGUGACUGAUCUGAAACUUGCCUUCCAUUCUUCGGGGUCUAAGGAACUGGUCAUAUCUUCUCACCAUCCCCUAGAAAUGAAUUUGGAACUGGUGAACCAGCGGGAAGAUGCAUAUUUUACAACUCUCUACGUGCCUUAUUUGCCAGGCCUUUCUCUUCGCAAAUCUUCUGUGCUGAAAUCCAACACUCAUAUCAUGUUGAGCUGUAAUGGAAUGCUGCUUGGUCAGGACCAGAAAGGCCUUGCUUGCAACAUCAGCCACCCCAUCUUCAGGAAUAGCACCAAGGCUUUGAUCCAGCUCCAAUUUGGUGUCCUUACCAGCUUUGCCUGGAGAGAGAACUUGGAGAUGGAGGCAUAUGUCAGCAGUGAGAAUGAGGCGAAUGAAACUCUUCAAAACAACAAAGCUCGUCACAGCAUCCCUGUAAAGUACCCCAUCAACAUCAUUGUCAAGGGGUCAGAAACAUCUAGCUAUGUUAACUUCAGUUCUGAUCAGCAAGAAAACAAGACUGUGACACACUCAUAUAAAGUAACAAACUGGCCCAUAGAGGCAUCCCCAUCACCUGCACUACUGGUGUAUGUGAAGGUGCCAACUAAAUUUCCUGCUGGACUGGCAUGGAUGGUUGAUAGUGUCCUAACUAUGGAUCCCAUUGUGAGUUGCCAGCCUGAUGAAAUGAACAAAGCCACAAGGAAUUAUCCCAAGUUAAUUAAGCAAUGUGCAAUUGAUGAAUAUCUUAUCUACAAGUGUAAUCUUGGACAGAUAAAUACAUCUACAAUUGAUAUUACUGGAAUAAUGUAUACCAAAAACAGUACAGAGCACUCCCUUCAUUCCAAGCUUUGCACAGCCUUGUGGGUAGAAUUUGAUACUAGAAGAUUCAAAAAUUUCUACAGUCAUGAAUUUGCCCAGGUUCAGGUCACAGAAGUGGAGGUGAUCAUCAUGAUGAAUUAUCUCCCAAUUAUAAUAGGCAGUGCCAUUGGAGGCUUGCUCUUGCUUAUUCUCUUCAUUGUAGGACUUUACAAGUGCGGAUUCUUCAAACGUAAUUAUAAGCAGAAGAUAGAACUUCAGGAGGAAAAUGAGAGUGCGUUACAAACAGCUGACAAGCUAGAGGAUGGUGCAGAGAAAGAAGGUUCUAACGUAGGGAAUGAUAAAGAGAAUGAAACCAAACUCUUUACAGAACCAUCAAAUGAAGAAAAGGAGAUUCAAUGACCAAAUCCCAUUCCUCUCCAGAGACCACAGCCAGGCCACUUGAUAUAAAUGCUCAGUGGGAAAAAAAGAGAGACUUUUUGGUGCUGGCAAUGAAGGCUUUCUUUUUCCUUUUACAAAUGAAAAAAGGAGCCAUGGUUGCAUUUAUUUCAAGUGCUUCUACUGGAAAGAGAACCAUAAUCUGUAUUUGUGGAGGCAGCAGAUGACAUGAUGAGAUGGCCAGAACAAGAUGAAGUCGGGAGUGGCAUUCCUCUAAAUGACCGUGUUGCCUGCGUCCUCUGCUAGCCCCGUGAUCUGAGACAAAUCAGCUGUUUUCUGUGCGUAUUGUUUUUAAGGCUCUUUUCUAGAGAAUAGCAGAUUUUUGUCCGUUUUUCAUCUAUCAGUUGCACAUCAGAAAUGGGUAAGAUUUAAAAAGGGAAUUAUGCAAAUCAGUGUUGCCCCCCUCCCCUCACUUGGCGAAGGAUGAAGGCAAUUCUCUGGAAUUCUGGACAGUAACCUACCUAUAGACCAUUAGAUAAAUAAAUUCCCCUUUGAGAUUACGGCGGUGGUGGGGGGGCAAAUCCAACAACCAGUUUACUUCUUCCCCUUUCUUACCAGACUCUGAAAUCCUGGUCUCAGGAAUCCUCAAAAGAGUAGGAGGAGGAGAGACAGAAUGGAUAGGGCCCUGGUCAGAAGCUUCACCCUCUUAAACACCAUUGGCCCUGCAGCUGUCUCUAAAUAUUCUUGAUCUGAUUUAUAUUUCUUCCCAUGUUUAAUACGUGCACUUCACCCGCAAACAUCAAAACAAAAGACAGGAAAGGUAGCAAAGGGUGCUCCCUCUCGCCAGUCUGUUGCUGGCUAAGCCCUUGGAAAUACUGAAGCAUUCUGUCAUCAGAAAAUUUGCAGCAGAACAGAAUCCAUAAAUCAGGAUCAAGCUGAAAGCAAAAUGUAGGCAGGGUAUGUGGCAUCAAACCUAUACAGCUUUCAAACUCAGGGAUUGUCUGAGCUUUUCAGUAUAUUCAUUUUGCACUGAUUAUUGAUCUGCAUUAAAUUAAAAUAUUUUGGGAAGGUUUGUUGAA